AUGAGCACAACGGAAGAGCUUCAGAAUCUAGUUCUCACAACUCUCGAUGUAAGAGGUACAAUUCUCAACACAAAAGAUCUUGUAACCUCUGAUAACAAGGAGGUGGAUCAAUUAGCAUUACUCGGCGCCUUGAAGAGUUUGAGUAUUGCAGACAAAGAGAUGGUCAAAUAUGAAACUAUUGAAGAAGAAGUAUGGAUACUGACAGAUGAGGGGAAUGAAAUUGCUAAUAAAGGAAGCCACGAAGCCAAGGUCUUUGAUGCUAUUCCUAUUGGUGAAGAGGGAAUAGCCAUCUCUGCAUUACAUGAAAUUUUGGGCGAAACUGCAAAAAUUGGGCAAGGCAAAGCUUUCAAAAAUAAAUGGAUUACCAAGAAUGGUGACAAUCUAGUCCGCGCUGUUGAUUCCAUUAUAGAUCAAACGCGAAUUGAUCUCGAAGCGAUUCGUUCAACUGGAACGCAUUCAGAUCCAAAAGUGCUGUCUGAAUUGAGAAAAAGGAAACUUUGUGAUAAACAUAAAGUUAUUUCUUAUUCCGUAUCGAAAGGAUCCAAAUUCUCAUUGACUAUAGAGAAACAAGCUCGAGACGUAACAUUUGAGAUGCUUCAAAGUGGUGAAUGGAAAAAAGCAAAUUUCAAAAAAUAUAACUUUGAUGCUCUUGGUAUACCACCUUCAGGUGGUCAUUUGCAUCCACUAUUGAAGGUUCGCGAAGAAUUUCGGCAAAUUUUCUUUGAAAUGGGUUUUGAAGAAAUGCCAACAAAUAAAUUUGUUGAGUCAUCUUUCUGGAAUUUUGACUCUCUCUUUCAGCCUCAACAACAUCCUGCUCGUGAUGCUCACGAUACUUUCUUUUUAAAGGAUCCUGCAAUUUGCACACAAUUCCCCACUGAAUAUCUUGAACGCGUUAAGGAGGUUCAUUCUGUUGGAGGAUAUGGCUCCAUUGGGUAUGGUUACGACUGGAAAAUCGAAGAAGCACAAAAGUUGAUUUUAAGAACACACACCACCGCAGUAUCUUCGCUCAUGCUAUAUAAACUUGCACAACAGAAAGAAUUCAAACCGGUUAAAUAUUUCUCCAUAGAUCGUGUAUUCAGGAACGAGACUGUAGAUGCUACUCAUUUGGCUGAAUUCCACCAAGUGGAAGGUGUUAUUGCAGAUAAAGGAUUAACGCUUGGGGACUUAAUUGGAUUUAUGAACACUUUUUUUAAUAAAAUGGGGGUAAAAAACCUUCGGUUUAAACCUGCAUAUAACCCGUAUACUGAACCGAGUCUUGGUAAAUGGGUGGAACUAGGAAAUUCUGGUAUGUUCCGUCCAGAAAUGUUAGAACCAAUGGGAUUGGAUCCAGACGUUCGGGUUAUCGCUUGGGGUUUAAGCUUAGAAAGACCUACAAUGAUAAAAUACGGAAUCAAUAAUAUUCGCGAGUUACUUGGACACAAAGUUAAUUUAACCAUGAUUCAAAACAAUCCAAUAUGUUUAUUUUGA